UUUCGCGGAGAAGUCAAACGUUGUUUUGUUUGAUUUGUAGGAAAAAUCUUAAUUUUUACCCAAAAAAUUUGCCUAAUUCACUGCUUUCUCUGAUGUUUUAAGUACCUGUACUAUUAGAYGCAACAAAUCAUGGAAUCUCCGAGUCCUGAACAUGACCAGAGCUUGCAAGGGUUGCUGAGCUUUGAGAGGCUUGACCGUGCCUCACCUGAUCUGUGGCCGGAACAAAUUCCUGGUGUUUCAGACUUCGCAUCUCUAACUGCAAGUCCAUAUUCACUGAGUAGUAGUCCACCAAAAUGGCUGACUGAGCUUGAAAAAGAUGAUAUGGAUAUGCUACAAGAAUUUGGAAGCCUCACAACCUCGCAACUAAUGGAAAAAGUCAGAGGGCUGCAAAAUCUAGCUUUUCAACUUGGUCUCGAUGAAGCCAGAGAAAUGACAAGAGGAAAAUUCCUGAACAUUUUGGAGAAAGGAUCUUCAAAUCGACGGUGACUUAGAUAAUGUCAGUAAUAUUUUAUUGAUAAAUUAAAGUUAUUUUAAAUUGCACCAAUAUUUGUUAACCAGUACCUUUGAAUAACUAAACUCAUCAUAUUAAAUUAAAUCUGUUCUUCAGUA